CUAGAAGCUGCCUCCGUGUUGCAAAGCUGGCUGACUGCUUAAACGGGCAACCAAAGAGAUUCUUCUCACAAGAGGGAGCCUUUGAGCACAACCCGGGACAUUGGAAGCUGUCAGGCUGAAGAAAACAAGAAGCUUUGGACUACCUAACACACCCCGCCUUAAAGGUCCCGGAGCGACUCCACCCUUAAAAGCCCCGCGUCUACGAAUAAAAAAUCCCGGCGCGUUGCGGAUUGCGGGUUGCGGGUUGCGGGCUCCGCCCCCGGGAGAAGCUGGGGGCCGGUGGGUGCCCGGAUGUGGACGUGAGCGAGUGUGCGUCACGUGACGUCGCCUGAUCUGACGGGGCUCUGCCUGCGCAGGUGGUGUUGGGUGCGUCAACCAACCAAUGGAUGAGCGAGGCGGAGAAUUUCGAAUGUGGCGGCGGAAGUUGCAGGCGACUGGAGACGGUGCUGCGGCCCUGUAGGGCCCAGCGCGCCGGGCUCGUGCGUGGCGGCAGAACCUUGAAAAGCCUUGAAAUGUUAGGAGGAGGAAGAUAGCUGUGGCAGAAGUAGUCACCAAGGCAGAAUAUGGCCAAGGAAAGGUGCCUGAAAAAGUCCUUUCAAGAUAGUCUUGAAGACAUAAAGAAGAGAAUGAAAGAGAAAAGGAAUAAAAACUUGGCAGAGAUUGGCAAACGCAGGUCUUUUACAGUUGCACCAUGCCAAGCAAUCACCAGCACUUCUACAUUGCUGAAAAAUUACCAGGACAACAACAAAAUGUUAGUUUUAGCUUUGGAAAAUGAAAAAGCCAAAGUGAGAGAAGCCCAAGAUACCAUCCUACAGCUGAGAAAAGAAUGUUACUAUCUCACAUGUCAGCUAUAUGCAUUGAAAGGAAAACUUACAUCGCAACAAACAAAAGAACCUGCUCAGAACCAGGAAAUACACUCUUCUGGAAUGGACCCCAAUAGUGAUGACAGCUCCAGAAAUUUAUUUGUGAAAGAUUUACCGCAAAUUCCUCUUGAAGAAGCUGAACUUCCAGGACAAGGAGAAUCAUUUCAAAUAGAAGACCAGAUACCUACUAUUCCUCAAGACACACUGGGAUAUGAUUCAGAGGGUGUUCAUCUUACUCCUUUCCGACAAAAAAUGAGCAAUGACUCUAACAGAGAAGAAAACAAGAAUGAGUCUGAAGUGAGCAUCUGUGAAUCAAGUGGUUCAGAAGAUGAUUCUGAUGACCUCUAUCUGCCCACUUGCAAGUGCAUUCAGAAUCCCACCAGUGAUUCAGAUAGACCAGUCACCAGGCCUCGAUCUAAAAGAGCACUGAAAUACACUGAUGAAAAAGAGACAGAGGGUUCUAAGCCAACAGAAACUCCUACAAGUAUACCACCUGAAACUCACCAGUCACCUCAUCUUAGCCUGAAGGAUAUCACCAAUGUAUCCUUGUAUCCUGUCGUGAAAAUCAGAAAGCUUUCUCUUUCUCCAAAAAAGAAUAUAGCAAGCCCAGCAGUGUCUUUACCUAAACGUAGGUGUACAGCCAGUGUGAACUAUAAGGAGCCUACUCUCGUUUCGAAGCUGAGAAGAGGGGACCCUUUUACAGAUUUGUGUUUCUUGAAUUCUCCUAUUUUCAAACAGAAAAAGGAUUUGAGACGUUCUAAAAAAAGUAUGAAACAAAUGAAAUGAAGGUUUUGUUGGAUAUUGUUUAAACUGAAUCUACACUUCUUUCUAUUGCUUCAAGAGAAGAUCUGUAAGAGUACACAAACGGAGUAAGCUAUGGCCAUAGAAUAUUCUCUUAAUAGUACCCUAGCUCAUAAACAUUUCUUCAGAACUGUGCUUCAAAUGGGAUGUUUUGUAUUAAAACUUUAAUAAAGUUAAUUUAUUUUUUCUUUUGAAUAUAAAUAA